GAGUGGUACUGUUCUCUCGAUCUCAUCAUGGCGGCUUCUACAGGUUUCACGAGUCGGCCAAUGCAAGUCGAGCCGCCGCUGAAAGGAAGCUUUCCAUUGGAUAGAAAAGGAGUGUGCAAGACCGUGAUGCUUCAGUGGACACAAUGCAUGUCGGAGAACAAGUGGAUUAACACUGCAUGCCGUUUAAAAGCAGCGGCCUAUCUGAAAUGUCGGGCGGAAAACAACCUUAUGGCUCCCGAGGAACCUGAAAUGUUGGGCUUCAGCGAAGCUGAAUGGAGCGCUGUGCAAUCGGGAUCAAGAGGAGCGUCGACAAAUAAGCGGUAAAGCUCCAUACACUUAUCAACAUGAUCCACUUCUACUACUUUCUUUACGGAUGAUUGUUCAGUUGUGCUACGCUGAUGCAUUCGCCAACACUCGCCACUCAUUUGUUGAAAAUGCGCGUCUACUUCUGGUCGUUGUUCCUCUUGUAAAGCGUUCGUGAUACUAAUUGCAGAAUUAGUUGCCAUGCAGAUCAAUUCGCUAUUUCCCCAAACAGCUUGUUGGAUAAUUGCAUGCUAUCAGAUGCUCAGCCUCGCCGGUGGCAGAAAUGUGACCAAAUAAUAAAAUAAAUAAAUUGCCAGUUGUACGCCGUAACGGCGCUUCGCUACCACUCGACCACCAGUAGUCGCGUGUGGGCUGGGUAUACCGCGAGGACGCCCACCCCUACGCGGAUUUGAACCCGUG